AUGGCAUCUAAUAACUCACUUGUGGAGCAAUCUUAUUCCAGAGGUAUAAAUUACAAAGUAAUUUUAGUCCAGGUUUUGGUAUGUGUUUUUAUCUUCAUUAACCUUUUUCUGAUUACAACUUUUUUUCUGAAGGAUUACUUUCAUACAACGAUGCGCUACAUCUUGUUUAUUGUCACGUUGUUUUCUGACAGCCUGUUUCUGAUUUUGACAGAUAUGCUGCUCAUUCUGAGCUACUUUGGUUUUACCGUACAAAUGUGGCUGUGUUUUCUCAUCUACAUUGUUUUGUCUUUGUGCACGUUUGUCACACCGCUCACUCUCACAGCAAUGGUGCUGGAGCGCUAUGUGGCGAUCUGCAUGCCCAUGCGACAUGCAGAGCUGUGCACCACGCGCAGCACCUUCCACCUCAUCCUCACCAUUCACUGUGUCAGCGCAAUUCCCUGUGUUGUUGUUAUCUCUAUAUUUUCUGCAUCCUCGACACUUGCCUUCUACACCUCACGCAGAAUAUGCUCUGUGGAGAUGUUCAUCUUGCACAAAUGGCAGGGUCAUCUGCGAUCAGCUAUAAGUCAAUUUUACUUUCUUAUGAUGUGCAUUAUCAUUGUUUUCUCCUAUGUUAAGAUAAUGAAAGUGGCCAAAGCUGCAUCAGGAGAGAAUAAAAAAUCAACAUGGAAAGGCCUCAGAACGGUGAUUCUUCAUUCUUUCCAGCUGACGCUCUGCCUCAUCCAGCUGUGGUGUCCCUUCAUUGAAGCUGCUGUGCUUCAGAUUGAUUACAUGUUAUUUAUCAAUGUCAGGUACUUUAAUUACAUAACUUUUAUUCUAGCUCCAAGAUGUCUGAGUCCGUUGAUCUAUGGUCUCAGGGAUGAUUUGUUUUUUCAGGCUGUCAGGUACUAUGCUCUCUGUGGGUUGUACAAGAAACAGCAGUCAUGUUAA